GCUGCGGCAGGCAUAGGUAAUGGCAUAGUUAUCAUAGUCGGUGUCAAUCACCCAGUAGUUGUCCCCUGAAACAUCAGAAUAUAUGUGUUUGUCAUGAUGGACAAAACAGAUCAAAGGUGGACAUGCUCAUCCAGGUGAGAGAGGCUUUACUGCAACAUGUGGCAGGGAGGGCUUCCCAAAGGAUGUAAAGUCACCUCCCACAUUUAGCUUAUAUCCACACUGUGAGAUAAAGAAUUGGGACAAACGAAGUGUGUCCUGAAUUCACCUUGCUCCCCACCAUGUCAUUGCAGUAUGUGUCAGUUAUGCUGAGAAAAAGCCAAGGCUGAGUGUCUCUGAUCCAGCUGAGCAUUGUUCCAUCGCUGCCUGAUCUCCACCCUGCAGCUGAGGGCACAGGCAAGCUCCAGUGGUACCUCUCAACAAGACAAAUUCUUGCUCAGACAGGAUUUGAGUGUUAUCUCAUCCCUGGCCAUUCUGGAAGCAACAUCUUCUAUUAUGCAAAUUUAGGAAUUACACCAGAAAUAAGUGUGCUGUUUGCAUAGACAGCUUCCUUGAACUACUACCUAUCAUAAGACCCAGGAUUCAAGACAUUCACAAUGAGCGUCAGUGAGGAUGAUGUGGAGAAGUUUCUUGAUGGCAACCCUGCUUUUGCGAAGCAGUACUUUGAAAAGAAGAUGAAAACAGAGUCCUGGGAUGACAAUGAAACUGACAUCCUUUUUGAGUUAAUCCAAGAUAUGCAAGAAAGCAUCAACAUGGAGAAAGUUGUUUUCAAGACCUUGAGAAGAAUCAGUUCUCUUAUUCAUGCUGACCGCUGUAGCCUUUUCAUGUACAGGCAGAGAAAUGGCACACCUGAACUGGCUACAAGGCUUUUCAACAUCCAAGAAGGAAGCACGCUUGAGGAAUGCCUGGUCUCCCCCGACUGCGAGAUUGUCUAUCCGCUGGACAUAGGCAUUGUGGGCUAUGUUGCUCAAACCAAGAAAACCAUGAACAUCAAGGAUGUCAAUGAGUGUGCCCAAUUCAGUCCAUUUGUUGAUGAGCUCACUGACUACACCACAAAAAGCGUCCUUGCAACACCCAUCUUGAAUGGCAAAGAUUUAGUUGCUGUCAUUUUGGCUAUCAAUAAGCUGAACGGCCCAUUCUUCACCAGCUCUGAUGAAACACUUUUCCUGAAGUACCUGAAUUUUGCUUCCUUAAACUUGAAAAUUUAUCACUUGAGUUAUCUUCACAAUUGUGAGACUCGAAGAGGCCAGGUGCUGUUGUGGUCUGCUAAUAAGGUUUUCGAGGAACUGACAGAUAUAGAGAGGCAGUUCCACAAGGCUUUUUACACAGUGAGAGCAUAUCUGAACUGUGACAGAUACUCAGUAGGUCUUCUGGACAUGACUAAGCAGAAGGAGUUUUUUGAUCUGUGGCCAGUCCUGCUGGGAGAAGUUCCCCCCUACUCAGGGCCUCGCACUCCUGAUGGCAGAGAAAUAGUCUUUUACAAAGUCAUUGAUUAUAUAUUGCACGGAAAAGAAGAUAUUAAAGUCAUCCCAAAUCCUACCCCAGAUCACUGGUCACUUGUUACUGGACUACCAACAUAUGUGGCUGAAAGUGGAUUUAUCUGCAACAUUAUGAAUGCUGCUGCAGAUGAGACGUUUAACUUUCAGGAAGGUCCUCUAGAUGAAUCAGGAUGGACUAUCAAAAAUGUUCUUUCCAUGCCCAUAGUCAACAAAAAGGAAGAAAUCGUUGGUGUUGUCACAUUUUAUAACAGAAAAGAUGGGAAACCUUUUGAUGAACAAGACGAGACUCUCAUGGAGUCCUUGACACAGUUUCUGGGCUGGUCCGUACUCAACACUGAUACCUACGAUAAGAUGAACAAGCUGGAGAACCGGAAGGACAUUGCUCAGGAUAUGGUGCUCUAUCAUGUGAAAUGUGACGAGGAUGAAAUCCAGGAAAUUCUGCCAACAAGAGAAAAGCUGGGAAAGGAGCCAGAUGAGUGUGAGGAAGAGGAGCUUGCAAGCAUACUGAAAGAAGAACUCCCGGGGCCCACCAGAUUUGAAAUCUACGAGUUCAGGUUCUCCGAUUUUGACUGCACUGAGCUUGAGCUGGUGAAGUGUGGCAUUCAGAUGUAUUACGAACUCGGCGUGGUGAAAAAGUUCCAGAUCCCGCAAGAGGUGCUGGUAAGGUUUGUGUACUCUGUCAGCAAAGGCUACCGGAAUAUAACUUACCACAACUGGCGCCAUGGCUUCAACGUUGCGCAGACCAUGUUCACGCUCCUGAUGACUGGCAAACUGAAGCGUUACUACACAGACCUCGAAGCCCUUGCUAUGGUAACUGCUGCUCUGUGCCACGACAUUGACCACAGAGGAACCAACAACCUUUACCAGAUGAAAUCUCAAAAUCCUUUAGCAAAACUUCACGGAUCUUCAAUUUUAGAGAGACAUCACUUGGAAUUUGGAAAAUUCUUGCUCUCUGAAGAGUCGCUGAAUAUAUGUCAGAACCUCAACCGGAGACAGCAUGAGCAUGUGAUUCACCUGAUGGAAAUUGCCAUUAUAGCAACAGAUUUGGCUCUGUACUUCAAAAAAAGAACAAUAUUUCAAAAGAUUGUUGAUGAGUCUAAGAAAUAUGAUAGCUCAAAUGCCUGGACUGAAUACCUGUCUCUGGAGACGACAAAGAAAGAAGUUGUCAUGGCCAUGAUGAUGACAGCAUGUGAUUUGUCAGCAAUCACUAAACCUUGGGAAGUCCAGAGUAAGGUAGCUCUUCUCGUAGCGGCUGAGUUCUGGGAACAAGGAGACUUAGAAAUAAAAGUACUUCAGCAACAGCCUAUUCCCAUGAUGGACAGAAGAAAAGCUGCUGAGCUUCCAAAGCUUCAAGUGGGUUUCAUUGACUUUGUGUGCUCCUUUGUCUAUAAGGAAUUUUCACGUUUCCAUGGUGAAAUUCAGCCAAUGCUUGACGGGCUGCUGAACAACAGGAAUGAGUGGAAGACUCGUGCUGAUGCUUAUGAUGCAAAAAUGAAAGCUCUGGAGGAGGAGAAGAUAAAACAGGAAGAGAAAAUGGCUGCAACAGGAGGUGGAGUAACCUGUAACGGAGGAACAGCUCCAGCUUCUAAAACCUGCAAUAUACUUUAGACCCAAUUCCAACAUGAUAUACACCACCCAAAUGAGACUGCCCUUGCUUAGGAAAAAAAAAAAAAAAAAAAAAGGCAUACAAAUACGUUCCUGAUUGGACUGUUCUGCUACUUAAAUUAGGCUUAUGAACAGCCAGGGAAGGGCUAGAUCUUGUUUGCCUUAAUUGAAUCUCUUCCUGAUGGUGAGGGGCCAGUUCUGUCCCAUCUCUCACUCCAUUGAGUGCACCUGAUGUUAGAAGGUCAUACGGCAAGUCACAGUAACAUUUGGCCCAAUAAAUCAGGUUGCACGACUAUGGAAGAACCAUUUCUCCUGCACCAAAACACUUCUUAUCCCAGUGCUGAUGGGGCCAGCUGAAUUGAUGUCCUGCUCAGUACAAUCCCAUGUGAUUGACCAUGUGUGCAAACACAGCUUUGCAGGGCAGGAAAAUUGAAGAGCUGAAUUUAUCGUAACUCUUUAUUUUUUAGAAGGACAUCGAAAAGAAAUCUGUAGGUAGGGACAAAGUAUGAAAACUGACCAUAGUAAAUGGACCUUUGAACUGGUCUAAAAAGUUACAGUUCCCUAUAAAUCCAAGAAACAGUCACAGUGAUAAUAAUUCUGCAUUCACUUAAGAAUUUGAGUAGGUUGCUGCUAUAAAGCCUGCAGCUGUUCAUUCAAGAUCCGGUAGGUACCCUCUUCAUGCAGGGGAUCUGUACUGUGCACUAACCAUGGCAGCUGUGCUGUGAUGUGUGAUCAUAAGAAGACUGCUAUCAUUAGAAGAGUGUUAUCGUUGCUCAUAGUAGUCCCUGUUAUGGUUACCCAAGCAAUCUGAGUUGUGGCACCUCCUGAUUUCAUUCAGUUUAACGUUGUCAUACCAGUGUUCUUUAAUGUAGUUCUCUUGUGAACAGCACAAACCGUUCUUUCUUUCUCCUGUUUUUGAGAUUUCUUUUUUUUUUUCAUUCCCCUUCAAACUUUGAAAGACUGGUAACUUGUGCUCCUUAUUUCAGAUACAAGGUAGUCUUUAUGUUUAUUCAUGCAACCAUGUUGGAACAGUCAGUUACACUCUGAUAGUAGUAGAGAAGCCUUUCUCUGUUCCUUUCCUCUUUUUUUAAGUGUUUGGUAUAUAAGCUAUGUAUAUGUUUUGGUAUAUAAGUCAUAUAACAGAAGUUCUGUUUUCUUGAGGGGACAGAAGUUCUGUUUUCUUGAGGGGAUAUUAAUAAUCUUUUGUUACUCCUGCUACCUUCAGUGCUUUUACCCUCCAGUAACUUGUUCUGCAUUACAGAAGUACUGUGAGUAAAAGAAAAACUAGAGCCAUAGUAGUAUCUGGUGAUCAUUUACUUGGUCCCAGAGUACCAAACAUGAUACAAUCAGCUAUCACUGUGCAGCAGGUGUGUGAGCAACAUGCUCGCUUUCAGAAAAAUACAGAAACCUGUCCACUUGCGUGAAGGUUAAAUAUGCUGAUAGUAGCCAAAAUAUUUCGUACUGUAUGUCUCAGUUUCAUUAGGAACUAUGUAGGAGGCUUUCAUGGUAUAGCACUUUCAGGAUACUAAGCCAAAGAAGUCAUUUUUUCAGCAGGCAAAAUGCCACCAGUUUAUCCAGUUGUGGAGCUGUAAGAAGUGGAUUGUUAAGAUAACUAUAAGCUACUGUACACUUAAGUGUCUCAUGCUGAGAAAGCUAUUUAUGACUUCAAAUGUUUGUCUGGAAAUAAAUAUAAGAAUUUAACUUCC